ACUUGCAGGGAGACUGACUUGAGGUAGCGCCGCCAUCUGGAACAACUGGUCGAACGGAAAUGCCUGGGCCCAAGGACCCCCUUCCGCAGACAGUAUCCUGAGAAUUCGCAGCAUCGAUGCAUACUUCAACCGUACUUCGGUUGCUGACAACAUCAGUGCAAACCCCAGUAGCUGUCCUGCUGUUGUCGCUUCGUCCUCGUCCUCAAGCAUCGCUCCUUCUUCGACGAGUGUCUCAUCAAGCUCUUCGAGUGUGAUGUCCUCGUCGAGCGUGUCGUCCAGUUCCUCCUCCUCAGUCUUGUCGUCAACUUCGUCUUCCUCUGUUCUGUCGUCGAGUUCUUCGAGUUCUUCGUCUGCUUCUGUCGUCUCUUCUUCCACCAAGUCGUCGUCCUCGUCAGUCGCCUCAACUUCGUCAUCUUCGUCAACUUCGUCAACUUCGUCAACUUCGUCAACUUCGUCAACUUCGUCAGUGGCGUCUACCACAUCAAGCUCUUCCUCGUCUUCUUCGGUCGCUUCUACCACUUCUUCCUCAUCGACUUCCGUGGUUGCACCUACUAGCACUGCACCUGCAACAGUAUCAUUCACUACAAUCACAACUGCCUGGACUGGUCUGUCCACCUCAACCAGAACUGUAGUCUCUGGACUCGUCGCUACUGUCUACGUCCAGACGCCCGCAGCGAAGGGCCAGGUCAUCAGCACGUCGUCCUCGACCAAGGCUUCUUACACAACCGUAACGACUCACUCCGGUACUGCUUCGUCCAUUGGUUAUAUUACCACAACCCCUAAGCUGGCCGGUGCAACCACCACUGUUACAAUUGUCUACCCCACCCCUGUCACAUCUUGCGGCAACCAAGGCAUAAACUUCGCCGCCUACUCCAACAAAUAUUCUGGCGGCCAAGCAACCUACGGCUACCCCUCUUUCAUCCCCGAGACCUACAAAAAGGUCUCUCCAACCUUCAACGACGACACAACCUACAUUGCCGAAACCAACGAUCAAUACGGAAAUUGGAUCAAUCUUUACGGUUACAAUUUCGUGGAUGGCACUAACCUUGUCUUGGAUCACACUUUCUACCUUUUCGCUUCUCAGACUGGUUACUACAGUCUGAAUAUUCCUUAUACUGAUGAUAUCCAAUUCGUCUGGAUUGGCAACAAUGCAGUCACGGGAUGGAACAGGGCUAAUGCUGAUAUCAUUCAAUUCUGGAGUAGUCAGAUUGCUACACAGACGCCUCAGACUUUGGCCUACUAUCUCACUGUUGGAUCGUAUCUUCCCAGUAAGUUACCCUUUCCACCCCCACCUUUUUCUCUACAUCUUGAAACAAAACACUAACGCACAGAAACAGUCAGAGUCAUGUGGGCAAACGGAGGCGGUCAAGGAGAUUUGAGAUUCAACAUCUACGCUCCUGAUGGCAGUUCUGUGCUUUCUAGCAAUGCGGGUCAAAAUUCUGGUGUUUCGAGUGUGGAUAUUGU